GACUUGGUGAGCUGUGUGGGCUGGACCACAGCUGAUGAGCUGUUCUCCUGCAGCGAUGACCACCAGGUGAUGAAAUGGAACCCAGUGACCAGCGAGACCACGCGGGUGCUGAAGCUGCCAGAUGAGGUUUAUCCCUUGGACCUGCACUGGUUUCCCAGAGGCAUCGGUGGCAAGAAGCAAUCCCAGGCUGAGAGCUUUGUUCUCACCAGCUCUGAUGGGAAAUUUCACUUGAUUUCCAAGCUAGGAAGAGUGGAGAAAAGUGUGGAAGCCCAUUGUGGAGCUGUCCUUGCAGGAAGGUGGAAUUAUGAGGGAACAGCCCUGGUUACAGUUGGGGAAGAUGGCCAAGUGAAAAUCUGGUCUAAAAGUGGAAUGCUGAGAUCCACCUUGGCUCAGCAAGGAACUCCAGUGUACUCAGUGUCCUGGGCCCCUGACUCUGACAAAGUUCUCUACACCUCAGGGCAGCAGCUGAUUAUUAAACCCCUCCAGCCAAAUGCCAAAGUUCUGCAGUGGAAAGCCCACGAUGGUUUGAUUUUGAAAACUGACUGGAAUUCAGUGAAUGAUCUGAUCCUGUCUGCAGGGGAGGAUUGCAGGUACAAGGUCUGGGACAGUUUUGGCCGUGUCCUGUACAAUUCCCAGCCCCAUGAAUAUCCCAUCACUGCCAUUGCCUGGGCUCUGGAUGGAGAAUUGUUUGCUGUGGGAUCCUUCAACACUCUACGGCUCUGUGAUAAAACUGGGUGGUCUUAUGCCCUGGAGAAGCCCAACACUGGCAGCAUUUUUGCCAUUUCGUGGUCCAUCGAUGGCACCCAGCUGGCAGGAGCCUGUGGGAAUGGCCAGGUCAUCUUUGCCCACGUGGUGGAGCAGCACUGGGAGUGGCAGAACUUCCAAAUCACCUUGAUUAAGAGGAGAACCAUGAAGGUGCACAAUGUCAUCAACGACGCCGUGGAUCUGCUGGAAUUCCGGGACAGGGUCAUCAAAGCCUCCCUCAGUUGUGGAUAUUUGGUGGUCUCCACUUCCCUGCAGUGCUACGUGUUCUCGACAAGGAACUGGAACACUCCAUUGAUUUUUGACCUGAAGGAAGGAACUGUGAGUUUGAUUCUCCAAGCAGAAAGGCAUUUUCUUCUUGUUGAUGGUGGAGGGCUUUAUUUAUAUUCCUAUGAGGGCAGGUUGAUUUCCUCCCCAAGGUACCCAGGCAUGAGGACAGACGUUCUGAACGCCCUGACGGUGUCCCUGAGCAGUGACACCCUGGCAGUGAAGGACAAGGCUGAUGGGAAGGUUAUCUACAUCUUUGAAGCUUUAUCUGGGAAGCCCCUGGGUGAUGGAAAACCUCUGACCCACAAGACGGAAAUUGUGGAGAUUGCUUUGGACCAGAAAGGACUGACAAGUGAGAGAAAAAUAGCUUUUAUUGAUAAGAACAGAGAUCUUUUCAUCACCUCAGUGAAGAGGUUCGGGAAAGAGCAGAAGAUUGUCAAAAUAGGGACGAUGGUGCAGAGCUUGGCCUGGAAUGACAGCUGCAACAUCCUCUGUGGCAUUCAGGAUUCCAGGUUCACAGUCUGGUAUUAUCCCAACACCGUCUAUGUGGAUAAAGACCUUCUCCCAAAAACCCUUUAUGAAAAAGAUGCCAGCGAGUUCAGCAAGAGCCCUCAGAUCGUGAGCUUUGUGGGGAACCAGGUGACCAUCAGGAGGGCAGACGGGUCCCUGGUGCACCUGCACAUCUCCCCGUACCCCGCCAUCCUGCACGGCCACGUCAGCUCCUCCCGCUGGCAGGACAGCCUCAGGCUCUGCAGGUUUGUCAAGGACCAGACCCUGUGGGCUUGUUUGGCUGCCAUGGCAGUGGCCAACAAGGACAUGAGCACAGCUGAAAUCGCCUAUGCAGCCAUUGGAGAGAUUGACAAGGUGCAGUACAUCAAUGCCAUCCAGGAGCUGCCCUCCAAGGAGUCCAGGCUGGCUCACAUGCUGCUCUUCAGUGGCAACUGCCAGGAGGCUGAAACCCUCCUGCUGCAGGCUGGCCUGGUGUACCAAGCCAUCCAGAUCAACAUUAACCUUUACAACUGGGAGAGGGCCCUGGAGCUGGCAGUGAAGCACAGGACACACGUGGACACGGUCCUGGCUUACAGACAGAAAUUCUUGGAGGAUUUUGGGAAAAAAGAAACCAACCAAAGGUUUCUGCAAUAUGCAGAAGGGCUGGAAGUGGAUUGGAAUAAAAUCAAAGCCAAAAUCGAGAUGGAAAUUGCUAAAGAGAGAGAACGAGCAGCAGCCAGUGCUGCAGGGAGGAGCAGUGUGACUGUGCAGCAAUAAUUCACAUUUUGGGCACCUCCAAAGUGCUGCUUCAGUGUUUGGUGCUGCUUUGUUGCGAAAACAAAGCCACAGCAAACAUUCUGUGGGGCACAGGAGUGGGAAUUUCUGUGGAUUUGAAUCCUUGGGUGACACACAAUUAAUUAUUUCCUUUCAUUUUGAGCUGGGUUUAU